GUAUUUUUACAGUAACGCACCAAUUUGCAGAAAUAAACAAUUCUUUAAAAGAUCAUUCAAUUACAUUGGUUAAAUUUUAUAGUUAAAUUCAAUAGAACAUAAAAAUGAAACUCUCGAUUCGCACAUUAAACCAAAAAGUUCUUAGCGUAGACCUGGAGGCCACUCGAAGUGUUAAAGAGUUAAAAGAAGUCUUGGAGAAAAUGCCGGACGUAACAUUGCCAGCAGACAGUUUGCAAUUAAUCUACAGCGGUCGAAUUCUGGAGGAUGACAAACCCCUAAGCGCUUACAAUAUAGAUGAAAGCAGGUUCAUCGUGCUUAUGGGCAAGAAAAAGUUACAGGUGGCACAGUCUGAAAACGCAACACCACCUUCAUCGAUGGAAAAAGUACCUCCGACUCCACCUUUGAGCACGGCACCUAGCCUAGCGGUUACAGAACAACCGACUCCAUCACGUAUGCCUAACCAACAGCUUGUCCAAGACCUAAUGGCCAUGGGCUAUAAUGAAUUGGAUGUGCGCGAAGCUCUCCGUGCUAGCUUUAAUCAUCCAGAACGGGCGAUCGAAUAUCUAAUCAAUGGAAUUCCAUCACAAGCUGCAGUCGAAACAUCAGUUGCACCUACAACAGGAGCGGACGCGGCAUCUGGACCGGGCAACGCCGCCAACCUGGCUUUUCUAGCCGCAGAUCCCCGAUUUGAGCAAGUUCGAGACUUGAUUCGACAGAAUCCAGAAAUGCUGGGUGUUGUACUCACACGAUUAGCAGAGCAGGACCCGGAGGCCUUUGAUGCCAUACGUAAUCAUCAGCAGGAAUUUCUCAAUCUGCUCAAUGAUAAUGUUGGAGAUUUAAGCAACAUCCCUACAGACUCUGAAUUUAAUUUGGACGUAACUCUCACAGCUGAGGAAACCGCUGCCGUUGAUCGUCUAGCCGGCUUAGGAUUUCCGCGCGACUUAGUCGUACAGGUGUACUUGGCUUGUGAUAAGAAUGAGGAACUAACUGCUGAGAUACUCUGCCAAUCUGAAGACGAAAUUGAUGAACCACUUUAGCGGCUGCGGUUUAUUUUUGUCAUAUUAUAAUUAAUAUGGGGAAAAGCGAAAAGAAGUCGAAGAAAAGGCAUAAGCAUAAGCACCACAAGGAGAAGCAUAAGUCAAAAAAGUCUAAAAAGCACAGUAAAACCGUCAAGGAAGAAGUAACAACGAAAAUUGCAGAAGCCGCUGCAGCAGUCGUUGACAAAAGUGAUGGCGAGGAUCAGGACUUUGCUAUACCAAUAGGUCCGUAAUGAACAAAUUAUCUGUCUAGGCAACAACUCCUCACGUGCUAUCUUUCUUAUGUUUGC